GCGUGCAGUCGUCCCUAGUGCUCAGGUGCCACGACUUGGGCUGCGGCCCCGGUGGAUCGGGCUGUGGAAAGGGCUGCGCGGGUGGAGAUCCCAGUCCUGACUUCGGUGCUACCCCUGGACCCCUCCCCUGCCCUGAACGCUGAGCCGGCACCAUGCACGGGCGCCUGAAGGUGAAGACGUCAGAAGAGCAGGCGGAGGCCAAAAGGCUAGAGAGGGAGCAAAAGCUGAAACUCUACCAGUCAGCCACCCAAGCUGUCUUCCAGAAGCGCCAGGCUGGAGAGCUAGAUGAGUCAGUACUGGAACUGACAAGCCAGAUUCUGGGAGCCAAUCCUGACUUUGCUACCCUCUGGAAUUGUCGACGAGAGGUGUUCCAGCAGCUGGAGACCCAGAAGUCCCCCGAGGAGUUGGCUGCUCUGGUGAAGGCAGAACUGGGCUUCCUGGAGAGCUGCCUACGUGUGAACCCUAAGUCCUAUGGCACCUGGCACCACCGCUGCUGGCUGCUAGGCCGCCUGCCUGAGCCCAACUGGGCCCGGGAACUGGAAUUAUGUGCCCGCUUUCUUGAAGUCGAUGAACGGAACUUUCACUGCUGGGAUUAUCGGCGGUUUGUGGCUGCACAGGCAGCUGUGCCCCCUGCAGAGGAGCUAGCCUUCACUGACAGCCUCAUCACCCGAAACUUCUCCAACUACUCCUCCUGGCAUUACCGUUCUUGCCUCUUGCCCCAGCUGCACCCCCAGCCAGACUCUGGCCCACGGGGGCGCCUCCCUGAAGAUGUGCUGCUCAAAGAGCUGGAGCUGGUGCAGAAUGCCUUCUUCACUGACCCCAAUGACCAGAGUGCUUGGUUCUAUCACCGCUGGCUUCUGGGCCGAGCUGACCCCCAGGAUGCGCUGCACUGCCUGCAUGUGAGCCGAGAUGAGGCCUGCCUGACUGUGUCCUUCUCUCGGCCCCUCCUAGUAGGCUCCAGUACAGAGACCUUGCUACUCAUGGUUGAUGAGUCACCCCUGAUUGUGGAGUGGAGGACCCCAGAUGGCAGAAACCGACCCAGCCACGUCUGGCUCUGUGACCUGCCCACUGCCUCCCUCAAUGACCAGUUGCCCCAACAUACAUUUCGUGUCAUUUGGACAGCAGGCGAUGCUCAGAAGGAGUGUGUGCUUUUAAAAGGCCGCCAAGAGGGCUGGUACCGGGACUCAGCCACUGAUGAGCAACUGUUUAGGUGUGAGCUGUCAGUGGAGAAGUCCACAGUGCUACAAUCUGAGCUCAAAUCCUGUAAGGAGCUGCAGGAGCUGGAGCCUGAGAAUAAAUGGUGCCUGCUUACCAUCAUUCUGCUGAUGCGGGCACUGGACCCCCUCUUGUAUGAGAAGGAGACACUGCAGUACUUCCAAACCCUCAAGGCUGUAGACCCUAUGCGAGCAGCCUACCUGGACGACCUGCGCAGCAAAUUCUUGCUAGAGAACAGUGUGCUCAAGAUGGAGUAUGCCGAUGUACGCGUGCUACACCUGGCUCACAAGGAUCUGACAGUGCUCUGCCAUCUGGAACAGCUGCUUUUGGUUACCCAUCUUGACCUGUCACAUAAUCGUCUCCGAACCCUGCCCCCUGCCCUGGCUGCUCUGCGUUGCCUUGAGGUGCUGCAGGCAAACGAUAACGCCAUAGAGUCCCUGGAUGGCAUUACCAACUUGCCCCGGCUGCAGGAACUUUUACUGUGCAACAACCGCCUCCAGCAACCUGCAGCACUCCAGCCUCUUGCCUCCUGCCCCAGGCUAGUCCUUCUCAACUUGGAGGGCAACCCACUAUGCGAAGAGGGGGGUGUCUUGGAGCACCUGGCUGAAUUGCUGCCUUCAGUUAGCAGCAUCCUCACCUAAGAGGCCCUGCCCUACACCUUUGCCCUUUAACUUAUUGGGACUGAAUAAAGAAUGGAGAGGCCCCUUCAGGCUGCUGA